UUUAAGGAAGGAGACGAAUAGACGCAUAGGAUGUAGACCGAUUCUAUCCAUUGUUGUUUCAAGUAAUAAGUGAUUCGGUUACCUGCGGAGACGUCCUAGUAUUAGUUGUCCCUUCGGUUGGGUGUCCUGCGAGGGACGCAAUCAUUAUCCUGUGGCUUUUAUUCCGUAAUUUUAUUUGAAGUCACUGGUUGUUGUGAGUUUCUGUCGUCAGAUUGGCAUCGAGUUUGAUAGAUUAGCCGGCAUCUUAAAUCCUUUUCCUUAUUUGCUUGCUUUUACUAUAACAAGCAACAAUGGAAGGAAGGAAGAGCGGAUAUGUCCUUUUCCAACCGUGCAAGUUAUUGAAGAGGUUGUGUACGAGUUUUGCACUAGCACGACUGGAGCGAGAGGGAGAGAGAGAUCGUUGAAAAGACGGUGAGAGAGAGAGAGAGAGAAAUGGGAUUUCUCUUGUAUUCUUGAAUUUUCGUGUCUUGUCGGAGAUGAAAGCGAACGACAAUCUAGGGUUUGUGUCAUAAAUUCUUGACAUUUUUGGAGCCCCCAGUUCAGUUGUCUCCUAAUUGAUCUAUUCGACGACGGUUGCUGACGUUAAGAAUAGAGCGAGCGAAAAGAGAGUUUCUUUCCGGAUCAAAGUUUUUUAUCGUUACAUUUGUGAGAAUCUGCUAAAUUUAUUGAAACACAGAUCGGGGAUUGGUGGUCGGACUAUGACGAUUCCUAAUUUUGGUUGCUUGAUAGACAAUGAGGCGAGCUGCCUGCCAUACACGCCCGAGGAAGAAAGAAGGAUUGUAGAGGAACUAACAAAAGAAGCAGAAUCUAAUUUGAAGGAAGGGAGCUUGUAUUACGUUAUCUCUAAUAGAUGGUUUGUACAUUGGCAGAGAUACACUGGGCAAGAUACUGGUGAUUCUCCAAUAGAUGAGCACCCCACUGGUUCCCAACAUUCAAAUGGAUAUCUUUCAAGGAAAACAGAAAGACCAGAACAAAUUGAUAAUGGCCAUCUAAUUAAGAGUGGCAGUGAUGGUGAAGUUGAUGACCUGGAACUUAUUAGACCACUGGAGGAAGGAUGCGAUUAUGUUUUGGUUGCUCAAGAAGUAUGGAAGAAGCUUCAGGAAUGGUAUAAAGGAGGACCAGCAUUACCGAGAAGGUUGAUUUCUCAUGGUGAUGUUCACAAGAACUUUACUGUAGAAGUUUACCCUCUCUGCCUUAACUUGAUUGAUUCUAGAGACAACAGCCAGUCAGUUAUCAGGAUAAGUAAAAUGGCUUCUGGGCGUGAGCUUUAUGACCAGGUUUGCUCACUUCUCAAGUUAGAACCGGAAAAGAUUCAUAUUUGGGAUUACUUCAAUAAGCGGAAACGUUCGCUGUUGGCUAUUUCCACUCGUACCCUGGAAGAGAUGAACUUGCUGAUGGACCAGCAUAUACUUUUGGAGGUACAGAAUAAUGGGUCUUGGUCCUCAGAUGUCAGCAUUGACUUGACAGGAAAUGAGUUAGCUCUGGUACCAAUUGAACCUUCAAGGUCAUCUGUAACAAUUGCAGGAGGUCCAACCCUGUCUAAUUCAACAGUAUCUGGUUCCAGUUGGAUUCAAGGAAAUAAUUUAAGUUCGGCAGUAAUGGAUAUUGAUGAUGGAUAUGGCUCAUUAAGCUCUGUGACAAAAGGCAAUAGGGGAGGGUUGGCAGGAUUACAGAAUCUGGGAAACACUUGCUUUAUGAACAGUGCUAUUCAAUGUCUGGUCCAUACUUCCCCACUUGUUGAGUAUUUCUUGCAGGACUAUAGUGAGGAGAUAAACGAGCAAAAUCCUUUAGGAAUGCAUGGUGAGCUUGCAGUUGGUUUUGGUGAUUUGCUGAGGAAAAUAUGGUCCUCUGGGCGGACAGCAAUUGCUCCACGUGCAUUUAAGGGAAAACUAGCUCGUUUUGCUCCCCAGUUUAGUGGGUAUAACCAACAUGAUUCUCAAGAACUUCUUGCCUUCUUAUUGGAUGGACUACAUGAGGAUUUGAAUCGUGUCAAGCACAAGCCUUACAUUGAAACAAAGGAUGCAAAUGGUCGCCCUAACGAGGAAGUAGCAAACGAGUGUUGGGAAUAUCACCAGGCUCGAAAUGAUUCUGUAAUUGUGGAUGUUUGUCAGGGUCAAUAUAAGUCAACACUGGUAUGCCCAGUUUGCAGCAAAGUUUCAGUAACUUUUGAUCCUUUUAUGUACUUGUCAUUGCCAUUACCUUCAACUGUCACACGGACAAUGACAAUAGCAGUUUUUUUUGGUGAUGGAAGUGCUCUUCCCAUGCCAUACACCGUGUCAGUGCUCAAACAUGGUUGCUGUAAGGAUCUUAUUCAGGCCUUGAGUAAUGCAUGCUGCUUGAAGAGCGAUGAAAGCAUCUUACUUGCAGAGGUUUAUGAUCAUCGAAUAUAUCGAUACUUGGAGAAGCCUUGUGAUCCAUUAGCUAUGAUAAAGGAUGAUGAGUAUAUCGUAGCCUAUCGACUUCCUAUAAACCACACGGAAUUAACAAGAUUGGAGAUAGUUCAUCGAAGUAAGGGAAAAGCCACAUUGGACAUGAAUAGCAGCAGUGAUUGGAAGCUUUUUGGAGCACCACUGGUUACUUGUCUGGGGGAGGGCCCACAAACUGAAACCGAUGUUCAAAUUGCCAUACAUAAAGUGCUUGCACCAUUACAGAGAAAAUCAUACUUUUCUUUUACUCGGACCCUAGCCAACGAAGAAAAUGGUACUGCUUCAGGGGUUGACAUUGAUCGAUCAAACAGCUGCAACCCUCAAUCUUCACUUUGGGGACAGUCUUCGGACAAUAUGGAAGUAGAGCAGACAUCUAAUGGAGGGUUAUCAUUCCAGCUCUCUGUAAUUGAUGAGAAGGGAUUGAGCUGCAAUCCCCUUGGAAAUGGUUCUCUCAUUGGACCUGGUGAAUCUGUUAGGGUUUUCCUGGAUUGGUCUGGCAGAGGGCAUGAUGUGUAUGACACAAGCUGCCUUCAGGAUCUUCCUGAGGUUUGCAACAGUGGAUUUGCUAUAAAAAGGACACGGCAGGAAGCACUCUCUUUGUUUUCAUGCUUGGAAGCUUUUCUGACGGAGGAACCCUUGGGGCCUGAUGACAUGUGGUAUUGUCCUACCUGCAAGGAACAUAGACAAGCAACCAAGAAAUUGGACUUGUGGCGGCUGCCGGAGAUUUUAGUCGUUCACUUGAAACGAUUUUCUUAUAGCCGUUAUAUGAAAAACAAGCUUGACACCUUGGUUAAUUUCCCUAUCCACAAUCUUGAUUUAAACAAGUAUGUAAAGAGUGAGGGCGCUGGUCCUCAAUCACAUGUAUACGAGCUAUAUGCCAUCAGCAACCAUUACGGUGGCCUAGGUGGUGGCCACUACUCUGCGUAUGCAAAGUUAAUUGAUGAGGAUAGAUGGUACCAUUUUGAUGACAGUCAUGUUUCUCCAGUUAACGAGGAUGAUAUCAGGACAUCAGCUGCUUAUGUAUUGUUUUAUCAAAGAGUUAAACCAAAGAUGGGUGCAGAAGGGUCAUCGGAAGUUCAUUCUCCAAGCUGCUGUAGGUGAAUGCCAAGAGCAUGCAUAAUUGCACUUGGCUAUGCAACUAUGAUGGCUUCGGUGCUUCCUGGGGACAUCACAAAUUGCUUGGGCCCUACUACAAAUAUUAAUUGAAAUAUGCAUAUGAUUUUUGUGGGCUCAAUAACAAAUGAGGAAUACAGUUUUGAUUGAUAAGAUAGGAUAUGAAAUGAAGGUGGCGCGGGAGGAUGCAGAGAGUAUCAUUUGAGUCUCUUUCACGUCCAGAGGUUUCGAUCUUACCCUAAAGCAUCCUUUUACGGCUCACAUCUAUCUUCCUUUUCAAAAAAAUACUUGGUAUGUAAUUCUCAUAGCUUGCACCAAUGAUUAGCAUGUCCGGUGAAAGGUAAAUUUCUCCACUUGUAUAGCCUUGUAACAGACGUUUGAAGAGUAUACAUACUUAUGUUUUGAAAAAUUGGGUUUUCAGUUUACGUGCGGGGAUUUAAAUCUUGGAAA